AUGCAAAUCUUCGUGAAGACUCUCACCGGAAAGACCAUCACUCUUGAAGUUGAGGCUUCUGACACCAUCGAGAAUGUCAAGGCCAAGAUCCAGGACAAAGAGGGAAUCCCACCAGAUCAGCAACGUCUUAUCUUCGCCGGCAAGCAACUCGAGGACGGUCGCACCCUCUCCGACUACAACAUCCAGAAGGAGUCCACUCUCCACUUGGUGCUCCGUCUCCGAGGAGGAAUGCAAAUCUUCGUGAAGACCUUGACUGGAAAAACCAUCACUCUUGAAGUUGAGGCUUCUGACACAAUCGAGAAUGUCAAGGCCAAGAUCCAGGACAAAGAGGGAAUCCCCCCAGACCAGCAGAGAUUGAUCUUCGCCGGCAAGCAACUCGAAGACGGUCGUACUCUCUCCGACUACAACAUCCAGAAGGAAUCCACUCUUCACUUGGUUCUCCGUCUUCGUGGAGGAAUGCAAAUCUUCGUCAAAACCUUGACUGGAAAGACCAUCACUCUUGAAGACAAAGAGGGAAUCCCUCCAGACCAGCAACGUCUUAUCUUUGCCGGCAAGCAACUCGAAGACGGCCGUACUCUCUCUGACUACAACAUCCAAAAGGAGUCCACUCUUCACUUGGUUCUCCGUCUUCGUGGAGGAAUGCAGAUCUUCGUCAAAACCUUGACUGGAAAGACGAUCACCCUUGAGGUCGAAGCGUCCGACACCAUCGAGAAUGUCAAGGCGAAGAUCCAGGACAAAGAGGGAAUCCCUCCAGACCAGCAACGUCUCAUUUUCGCUGGAAAGCAGCUCGAAGACGGCCGUACUCUCUCCGACUACAACAUCCAGAAGGAAUCCACUCUUCACUUGGUGCUCCGUCUCCGUGGAGGAAUGCAAAUCUUCGUUAAAACCUUGACUGGAAAGACCAUCACUCUUGAAAAGGAAUCGACUCUUCACUUGGUUCUCCGUCUCCGUGGAGGAAAC